AUGUCAUUCUCCAAAAUCACCUCUAAUGUCUUCUUCGCAUUCGCCGUCUUCUUAUCACUGCUAUUACUAGUUUUAGCUUUCUUUCAAUCCAAUAACGGCGUCAGCAGCUUCCGUAAUCGGAGACUCGCAUCGAGCUCGGACUGUCCCAUGAAUUUCAGCGUCCUUCGUAAAUUCCUUGACACCUCCCAAAAUGGCCGCACCGCGAACGUUUCUUUGGACUGCCAGUACGCGCUCCAAGGCAUCCACCUGGUGCAGGCCGAGUAUCUCCGCACCGAUGGCCUGUUCGUCCCGCCUCUGUCUACCGCCGAGUCUUGUUGGGAUUCGUAUCAGGAUCUGGUUAAAGAUUUCAUUUCUGAUUUCGACGUGCGGUCUGUUUGUGGGUUUGAGACUUCUUGGAUUGCACAGGGGUGCAUGAAUAUCACAACCCGGUCUCAAUUUGAGUCGUUGGUCCCGGAGUCGUCACUGCAAGAUGUCCGUCGUGCCUGUAAUCAGUCGCUUUUGAACAAUUCGCCGUGUGCGUCCUGUACGACGAGCCUGUCACGGCUCAAGGCGUCGUAUCUCACUGGCCCGGAUGUCGGGAAUGUCUCGGAUUGUUCGGCGUACCCAUUCAUCUAUGCCGCCGGUUCGGUCAACUCUUUCGGGCCCACUGAUGGCGGGACUGCGGUGUGUUUGUUCCUCCUUCAGUCUUCAUCGUCUUCUUCGGGUGGGAAAGGCAAAAAGGGUCUUGUUUUUGGAGUUGUGGUGGGUUGUGUCGUUGGGUUGUCGGUGGCGGUUCUUGGGGUUUGGUUUUUGUGGAGAAAAAGAUGUGGGAAAUGGAGAAUGAGGAAGAAGAAGUCUGUUCAGGUUGAGAUGAGUUCGAUUUCUGGGUUGGAUUCCAUUGGUGCUAGUACGACCCUGGUUAGAUUCACGUUUGAAGAAGUCAAAGCGGCGACAAGGAAUUUCUCAAGAGAUAAUAUAAUUGGGAAGGGUGGGUACGGGAAUGUUUAUAGGGGCAUCUUGUCGAAUGGGUCGGAAGUUGCUUUGAAGAGGUUCAAGAACUGCUCAGCCGCGGGAGAUGCAAACUUUUCACAUGAGGUGGAGGUUAUUGCUAGUGUUAGGCAUGUCAAUCUUGUUGCAUUGAGAGGUUAUUGUACCGCUACGACUUCUUUUGAGGGUCAUCAGAGGAUAAUUGUGUGUGAUUUGAUGUGUAAUGGGAGUCUUUACGAUCAUUUAUUUGGGUCGUCGGAUGAGAAGAAGUUAAGUUGGCCAAUUCGUCAGAAGAUUGCAAUUGGGACUGCGCGUGGGUUAGCCUACUUGCAUUACGGGGCGCAGCCAGCCAUAAUACAUAGAGAUAUCAAGGCUAGUAAUAUUCUCUUGGAUGAGAACUUUGAGGCCAAGGUUGCAGAUUUUGGCCUUGCCAAGUUCACACCGGAGGGAAUGACUCAUCUAAGUACGAGGGUGGCAGGGACUCUGGGUUAUGUUGCACCUGAAUAUGCUUUGUACGGGCAGCUGACGGAGAGGAGUGAUGUUUACAGUUUUGGGGUUGUGCUACUGGAGAUUUUGAGUGGGAAGAAGGCGCUCAUUUCCAUGACUGAGAGCCAGACGUGGCUUGUGACAGAUUGGGCUUGGUCGCUUGUGCGGAAAGGGAGAGCAUUGGAUGUCAUCGAAGAGGGUAUGGCAGAUUUGGGCCCAAGGGAAGUCUUGGAGAAGUAUGUAUUAGUUGCGGUUCUUUCUUCUCAUCCGCAGUUGCAUGCUAGGCCAACGAUGGAUCAGAUUGUGAAGAUAUUGGAAACUGACUUGCCGGUCCCAUCGAUCCCAGAACGGCCCAUUUCUCUUGUUGCGAACCUGGAUGACAUUGAGAGAUCGGUGAGCAGUAGUAGUGGCUCAGGGCAUCUAUCUAGUUCUGCUGGUUACCAGCCAUUUACCUUUGAGAACAACAAUCCAAGUUCAGAUUCUAGAUAGGAGCAGUUGCCACUACAUCUGAAGAUAAUCGAGUGGAAGUUAGAUGAAAGGAUAUAACGGAUGAUCGUAAGACUUGAAUUGCACUUGCUUCCCCUUCUGGUGGGAACAUGCUUCCAUUUUUGGAUUUAGAUUUAAAUAGUCCAUUUCCUCAAAAAAGAAUCAAAUGACCCACUGUUUUAAAGUGA